GUGGCUGAAUAGGUUUUUUUUCUAUAGUAAUACUUACCUUGGAUUGUCGGCAUGGACAACAAUGGAAAGCGACUGAAGAAAUUCUGGAUUAUUUACCAAAAAUAUAGUUAGUUGCUGUGAUAUAUUUGGGCAGACGAGAAAACUGAUUUGAAUUUCAAGGGGAAGAUUAAAAUUAAAAAUGGAUGACAAUACAAAAGUAAUGUUGAAGCUGGCUACUUUCUUAGCUCAGCAGAACAACUCUCGGGUCAACAAUACAGGAAACCAAAAUCCUCUUACUGAAUUGGCUACCCAACUAUUGAUGAAUAGCACUAGUGAAACCCUUGCCAUACCAACAUCUCUGCAAUCUCACCCAGCAAAACAACUGCCGUCUCAUCAACCAGACAACAGCACCUCUAGCAUGUUUCAAACACAAGCUGCACCAGUGCCUAUCUCUCAGAACACUUCAUCAAAUCACAUGAAUAAUACUUACAGUGUAAAUGCUUCAUCACUUCAAGGGAACAUCACAAAUACAAAGAGUUCAGUUCCUAGGGCUAAUGAGAUGAUGUCACUGAACAAUACUUCAAACAAAGACAUGAUUCCAGUAGCAUCCCCAAUCAACAGAGAUUCUUUUAAUGUAAUGUCCCCUGUUAUGGAUCAAGAAAACUUCUCUCCUAUUAACAGAGACAAUUUCCCCAUCAGCAGGGAUACAUUUAACGUGACAACUGCCAACUCUUAUCCUAUCAACUCACCUAUGAAUCAUGACACAUUCACCACAGCUUCUUCUGUCAACCGAGAUUCCUUUACAAUGUCAUCUGCAGUCAACAGGGACUCCUAUCCUGCAACAUCAUCUGGAAAUUCACUGUCAUCAUCCCCAGCGACUAACCGGGAAAUGUUAACUGUAAUGCCGCCAGUAAAUAGAGACACAUUUUCUGCUGCUUCUCCUGUCAACCGAGAAACAUAUCCCAAUAAUCCUGCUAUGAAUAGAGACACCUUUAAUGUCAACCGAGACAACAUGAGUGGGAAUUGUCCUGAGACAAGAGAUUCAUUUUCUUCAGAUUGCUCUGCUACUAGAGUCUCCUUUAGUAUAACAUCACCAAGAAAUCGAGAAAAUUACACAAAUACUCCAGUUAUUGGUCGAGACUCGUAUUCUGUAACCUCCCCAGUUAAUAGUGACUCUUAUGGAUCUGGGAUGCCAACAAGCCAUGAGUCUUACCCAGUCAGUUCUCCUUCUAACCGAAUUUCUGAAGAUUCUGCUAUGAACUCUUUGAAUAUGAUGCGAGGAGAUAUCUCCAGAAAUACAGCUUUAACAAGAGUUCCUGAUGAGAUGAAUAUGAACCAAAUGGAGGAUAUGGUUGUCACUGGUGGGAGUAGUAACGGUAGUAGUAUUAACAGCGGUUUGGGCUCAAUCAACAGUUCAAUGUCAUGCAACAUGUCUUCCAUGAAUUCUUCUUCCAAUGAAGUGCAUAUAAACUCUUCAAAUAAUUGUGCCUAUUACAAGCGACCUAUACAAGGAGAAAAGGGACGAUCGUAUCCUCAGCCAGUCAUACUUCGAUCGCGACCUCGUCCUGUUAAGGAGAGGUCUAAAAGAGGUCCCAAAGAGAAGGAUUAUUUCCGAACUGCUUUCUUUUGUCUACCAAAUGUGACAGCUCGACUACCACGCUUUACGUCCUCUGAUCCUCGUGAGCAAGACCUUGUCCUUGAUUAUCAGAAACAAGGUUAUGGUUUUCCAGCAAAAGACUACUUUGAAGGCAAACCUCAGAAGACUUAUAUUCGUCUCAGUCAUGAUGAAGAAAGUUUCCGUUGCUUUCUGUUAAGUAUUUAUCCGAAACUUGAGGGAAAGUAUUAUGAACUUUAUAGAAUUGAUCGGCAGAGAAAUUUGGUUCGCAUUGAAGCUAAGACCCCCCGUGGUAUCAAGAAUGCUAAAUACCAAGGAACGAUCAUCAUUUUGCCCUACCCUGAAGCUUCAAAUCCACCAUCAGCUAUUGUGCACAACCCAAGUAGUAUUGGAGACUUACCUGUCCAGCUAUGCAAUGAUUCCAUGGAAAAUAUUAAUGAAAACAAUGAAUGUGAAGAAGAAAACAUGAUACCAUCACCAAGUGUCUGUGGUUCCACGCCCCAGCAAUCUCCUUUCAUGCCACCAAACCAUGAAGUAGCUACAUAUGAUCAUAAGGAAUCCUACGAGUUAUCACCUCCAUCUCCAGAACGUGAUAUUAAACCAUUUCAAAGAUUUGAUUCUGAAAAUUCUGAAUUAUUUCAAAGAAUUUCCCUCAUAAAGCAAACUCUUUCUGAAACGAGAAACUUGAAGAUGGAUAAAAGAUCUAUUGUUGGAAAUCUGUUGGAGUUGUAUCGUGCUGAGCAUACCAUCUGUAACUAUGACAUCCGAGUCACAUUUAAUAAUGACCCCAAUCUCACUUUAUCGAAUGAUCCAUCAUUUCAAACCCGUCACAUGUUCUGCAUAUUCUGGAAGAAAAUUUUCAACAAUAAUUUUGUCGGAAAUGAAGAAUACUAUCCAGUCAUAAGUCCCGAGGCUGAAGACGAUAUGUUUGAAAUUCUCGGCCGCAUUCUCGCUCAUGGAUUAAUAUUAUGUAACUAUUGGCCUAUCCAGUUUGCUGUAGCAUCAGCCACCUACAUGCUCUGUCAAGGCUGCUCUGAUGAGCUCAUUUUGAAAUCAUUCACCAAUUGCCUCAGUGGAUUUGAUCAGAGGAUUGUCAUGUCAGCCCUAAAGGAAUCUCGUUCCCAAAUUGGAGAACCAACUUUCUCUUCCACUCUAGAAACCAAUUUAUCAGCAUUUCUAUGGACUAACGGUUGUCAAAUAGACCGACCUGGUCAGCUUCCUGGUAUUUUGUUAAGCAUAGCCAGAAGUUUUCUUAUAUACCAACCAUACUGGGCACUUGUGAAGCUGAAGAAAGGAAUGGAACACUGCAGCAAUAAAGUAUUCAAAGAUUGUUCUGAAAGUGAUGUUGAAAACUUAUACAAAACAUUAACACCUGAAGCAUCUCAAAUUUGCAAAUUAAUCAAGUAUGAGUUUAGUCAAGAAGAAUCUCACCUGGAAAUUGAGAAAACAUUACAGACUUACUUAGAAAAAUUACUUUGGGAAAUGUCAUUAGUUGAACUUGCAAACUUGUUACAAUUGUGGACUGGUGUGAACUGCUUGUCACAACAAACAUUGUUUGUGAAAUUUGUGAACACUUCAGAUCAGUUACUGUUUCAGAAUUAUAAAUCUCUGCUUCGGAUCCCUCGCAAAAUACAGACAUUUAAAGAAUUUACAGAUUCCAUUCAAUUACUUCUGGAUGGAACAUGAUAAAUUCUGUUUGAAUGAGGGAGAAAAAGAUUACCUAUUCAUUUAUAUACAUACACACAUACAUAUACAUAUAUAUAUAUAUAUACACAUGUUUAUUUUCUCCUUUCAUAGAUUUUUCUUUAUUAGAAAUGAAGAUAAAUCUCAGCUAUUUUUGUUGUCUUCUUUUAUUUAAAAAAGGUUGGUCUGAUUGUUGUUAUCAAUAUGAAAGUUGCCAGAUGUAAACCGAUAAUUUAAAUUACAAUUAUUUUUGAAUUGUAACCUUUCAAAUUCCCUUUGAAUAAUUCAAAAGGAAAGAGGUCCGUAAACUAGUUCCACACUAAGACAUCAACUGAAAAUGCAUGUACUCCAUCUACCACAUUCACUAUGACCUUAUAUGUAUAAACCAUUAUCACCACCAUCAUCAUCAUCAUCAUAUAUAAAACAGUAAUAAUCUGCAAAGAAACAUUAGGUUGUCUCAAAAUGCUUAAGGAACCAGCAACAGAUUGGAUGCUUUAUAGGAUCUAGUUUGGUACCCAUCAAAGCUCAAAUCGUUCCUUCCAUCUAUACUUAAUAAAACAACCAAUCAGUAUUUAUGUACUUCUUACUCACAAAGUCCUUAUGCUUAAUCAGAGGAGAUCAUAAUUUUGAUCAUUCAUAAUUGUUUUAAUUUCAAUACUCUCUCUCUCUCAUGUUUCUCUCCAUCUACAGCAAUCAAAUCAUUGCAUCAACUGUACAGAGAUGUAAGAUGUCCACCAGCACAACAAACAUCAUACUCUGUAGCCAAGUGUAUAACACAUUUUCAAAUUUCAGCUUUCUGUUUAAAAGCCAUUUCACCAGAUACAAAACCACUACUGAGCAAUAAUGCACAAUUUUCAUCAUCUUUUUUUUUUUACUUUUCCUAAGAAUAUAGAUUUUCUGAGUUUAUUCAUAAUAAGCCAAUAUACAUACAUAUACCAGGACACAAUAUUGGUUGUAAUAUAACCACUAAGUCAACAUUGUUUGUAAUACCACUGCUAGUUCAGUAAUACAACUAAUUUGUUCAAUUUUUGCUAAAAUUGACUCCACUUUCCAUCCUUCUUGGGGAGGGUUUAUAAAAUAAGCACAAGUCAUAUAUUAAAAUCAAAUCAGUUUCCUCCUGUCUUUCUAAAAAGUAUUGUGCCUUGUUGAAAGAAAUUGAUAAUUCAGAUAGAAGUGGAUAUAAUCAUCAUCAUCAUUUAAUGUUCACUUUUCCAUGCUUGCAUAGGUCAGACGAAAUUUCGCUGAGACAGACUUUCUAUGUCAGAUGCCCCUCCUGUCACCUGUUUCUAAUCAAUAAUAUAUACAUGGAAAUCCACGCCACCAUCUCUUCAGUUAUCUGGCCAUUGAAAAUUCCUAUGAAAAUGACCGUUAAACAAAGGGAAAUUACUGUGUGGUUGACCGUUAUUAAGACAAAAGAGCUAUAUACACACAUUAAAUUAAUUAUAUAUAUGUAUAUUAUUAUAUAAAGGGAUCAAGGGUUAAACUCCUUUUCGCCUUGAUCCCUUAAUGUAAUUACAUACAUAUAUAAUUAUUAAUGUAUAAAUCACCUAUAAAUUUUUAUUGUAUGCUGACUACCUGAUAAAAAUUAUUAACGUGAUUUUAUCCUUAUAUUCUAUUCUAGUAUGAACUAAUAUAUAUAUAUAUAUAUACAUACAUAUACACACACAUAUAUAUAUAUAUAUAUAUAUAUUAUUAUUAUAUGCAUUUAUUUUUCUCCUAGUUAAUUAACUCGGACAAAAUAUAUAUAUACAUACAUACAUACACACACACACACACAUAUAUAUAUAUAUAUGAGUGGUCUUUAAGGUUUGAUAUCAAAAGAAUAAAAGAAAUUGAUGGAAUUUCAGAUGAAAAAUAUUUUGGCACAUUUUAUUUUCAAUACAUUCUUGCAGCCAACAGCAUACACACAUCUUUAGUCACUGAUAAAACAAACAAUAGUUUUAUAUAUACAUAAAUUUGAUGUGGAUAAGGCUAUAUCACAAUUCUGUGGUGAUUCAUGAUUAUAACAGACCAUUAACUUUGUCAAACAAUAAGAUAAUAAGAUAUCUGUUUGGCAGCUGAAGAAGACCUUUAAUAUACAUAUACAUACAUACAUACAUAUAUAUAUAUAUAUAUAUACACACACACGAAUGCUGUACAGUGGCCAGAUUAUGAUAGGGGAUAUUUGGGUGGUAUAAUUAAGAAUUAUUUUUUCCGUUUUGCUAUUGUUGAUUGAUUCUGGGCUAUAUAUUACCUCUGUGCAGCUGCUCAAGCUGGCUGUAAUUGCAGUCAAAUCUGCUAACAACCACACCUAUCUUAAAGACCAACAAAAAUUCUUAUCGAUCUGAGGUAAUCACACACUCUAGACUUUAAGCAACUCAAAAUGGGCCCACAGGCAUAUGGUGUAGUGGUUAAGAGCGCGGGCUACUAACCCCAAGAUUCCGAGUUCGAUUCCAAGCAGUGAUUUGAAUAAUAAUAAUAAUAACAACAUCGAAAAUACUUAAGGAAUGAGAACUCAGGUUCAAAAUUUCCUCAAGACACCUGAUGAAGGCUGGAGAGUAUAACAGCCGAAACGUUGUGUUAACAACAAACAAGCUGAGGACAAAUAUCCGUCAAAUGUAAAUAAUGUAAAGCAAAAACAUUCAACAAAACAACACAUAUAAGAAGAAAAAAAAUCAUCCUUAAUUACCUCCGAAAUAUUCCUUGUGACAAUCAAGCUGAUAGCAAUAUGACUUCUAAAAAAAUUCCUUCAUGAGACAAACGGAUGGUUAACAUGAAUUUUACGACCGUGAAAAUAAAUUGUCUUAAAAAUAAUGAAAAUAAAUUGCGAUGGAAACCAGAA